AUGGGAGCCAACUUAUCCAACAUGGAGUAUGCUCAUACAUCAUCACUGUCAUCUCACAUUCUCACCUUCCAUUCCACUACUAAAUGGAAGGCUCACCUUAAUGCCUCCAAAGAAACUAACAAGUUGAUGGUGAUCGAUUUCACGGCUACAUGGUGUGGACCUUGCAAAUACAUGGACCCAAUUAUCCAAGAGUUUGCAGCAAAAUACACAGAAGUUGAGUUCAUCAAGAUUGAUGUGGAUGAGUUAAUGGGGGUCACUCAAGAAUUCCAGGUGCAGGCAAUGCCAACAUUCAUAUUGAUGAAGAAAGGAAAAGUUGUUGACAAGGUGGUGGGAGCAAGAAAGGAAGAACUGCAAAAGCUGAUUGAGAAGCAUCAAAACUGA